AUGUUGUCUUCGCUCAGAUUAACUAUUCUUUCAAACCAAAGAUCCAGCAUCAGAUUAGCUACAGCUAUCAGAAGAUUGAACUUGGGCACUACUGCCACCUCUUACCCCACAAAACAUACUGGAGUAAAUGAUGAACCCUACAUCACCCCCAGUUUCAUUAAUAAUAAGUUUAUCAAAUCCGAACUGAGUGAAUGGUUUGAUAUCCAUGAUCCUGCCACCAACCAUGUGGUUUCCAAAGUUCCCCAAUCCACUCCUCAAGAGUUGGAAGACGCCAUUACUUCUGCUCAUGAAGCAUUCAAGAUCUGGAAGGAAUAUUCAGUGAUCAAAAGACAAGGCAUAGCUUUUAAAUUUGUUCAAUUGUUGAGGGAAAACAUGGACCGUAUUGCGUCUGUGAUUGUGUUGGAACAGGGCAAGACGUUUCCGGAUGCCAAGGGAGAUGUUUUACGGGGUUUACAAGUGGCUGAAGCAGCUUGUAACAUCACCAAUGACUUCAAAGGUGAAACGUUGGAGGUUUCCACAGAUAUGGAAACCAAACUGAUUAGAGAACCUUUAGGAGUUGUUGGAUCCAUUUGUCCCUUCAAUUUCCCUGCCAUGGUUCCAUUAUGGGCAUUACCUGUGGUUUUAGCUACGGGGAAUACUACAGUUAUCAAACCAUCUGAAAGAGUCCCUGGCGCUGCCAUGAUCAUUUGUGAAUUGGCUGCUCAAGCCGGUGUGCCUCCAGGUGUCAUCAACAUUGUUCACGGUAAACACGAGACCGUCAACAAAAUCAUUGAAGAUCCAAGAAUUAAGGCUAUUACCUUUGUGGGGGGUGAUAAAGCAGGUAAAUAUAUUUAUGAAAAGGCAUCUGCCUUGGGUAAAAGAGUGCAAGCCAAUUUGGGUGCUAAGAACCAUUUGAUUGUUUUACCUGACACAGAUAAGAAGAGAUUUAUUAAUGCCUUGAAUGGUGCAGCCUUCGGAGCUGCUGGUCAAAGAUGUAUGGCCAUUUCAGUAUUGGUUACUGUCGGGAAAACUAAGGAAUGGGUAGCUGAUAUCAUUGCUGAUGCUAAGAAAUUGCGUGUGGGUAGUGGGUUUGAUCCUUCAAGUGAUUUAGGUCCUUUGAUUAAUCCAACCAGUUUAACCAGAAGUAAAGAAAUCAUUGCUGAUUCUGUUGCUGCUGGUGCCACUUUGGCUUUAGACGGGACUAAGUUUGUUCCAUCGGAAGAAAGAUUCCAAAAGGGUAACUUUUUGGGUCCAACCAUUUUAACUGAUGUUAAACCAGGAAUGAGAUGUUAUGACGAAGAAAUCUUUGCUCCGGUACUUUCGGUUGUGAAUGUUGAUACCUUAGAAGAAGCUGUGGAUUUUGUUAACAAAAACCCAUACGGAAACGGUGUUUCUCUCUUCACUCAUUCUGGUCCUGCUGCUCAAUAUUUCACCAAAAACAUUGAAUGUGGCCAAGUUGGUGUGAACGUUCCAAUUCCAGUUCCAUUACCCAUGUUUUCCUUUACUGGAUCCAAAGCUUCAUUCUUGGGUGACUUGAACUUUUACGGGAAGAACGGUCUUAUGUUCUUGACCAAACCAAAGACUAUCACCACUUUAUGGAAAGUUGACGAAAUAGAUGAAGAAUUGAAACCAUCCACCUCUAUGCCUGUUCAACAUUGA